AUGGCGGCGUUGUUUGUUUUCGGCCAAAGAAGAAGAAAACAACGCACAUUUAAGGAUCGCAUUUCAUCCUUAGAUCAUCUGUCAGAUGUGGAGGUUGUGGACCGAUAUAGACUCUCACGAAUCGCCAUUAUUUAUUUGGAAGAUAACCUAAGAAAUGACCUUUCACCUCCUACAAACAGGUCACAAUCGGUAUCGUCUAUGACGAAGGUGCUGGUUGGGCUUAGAGUUCUGUCUAAAGGAAAUUUCUUAUCAGAGGUAGCCGACCUGCACGGCAUAUCUAAGCAAACAGCGUCAAGGGUGUUGCAUGAGUUUGUAGACGCUGUAAAUCGAAAUAUUGACAAUAUAAGAUUUCCAAGAACACAACAAGAAUUGGCAGAAGCAAAACUUGGCUUCUACAAAAGAUGCAAAAUUGCCAAUAUCGUAGGUGCAGUCGACGGAACACUCGUCCCUAUCAUUGCCCCGAAAGACAGUGGCGAAGCCUACAUAUGCCGGAAAGGAUUCCAUGCUAUAAAUGUGAUGGCUACAUGUAGCCACGACAGAAGGUUCAUCGACAUUGUCGCCAAGUGGCCAGGGUCGCAGCAUGAUUCUUCUGUCAUGAACACCUCGUCGUUGAAGGAACACAUGGAGAGUGAGAGGCCAGGGAUGCUGCUGGCUGAUAGCGGUUAUCCACUCACUACCAGCCUGCUAACUCCGCUUGCUAAUCCCGUAACGCCUGCUGAAGCAAGAUAUAACAACGCGCAGAGCAAGGGAAGGAUGGUUAUCGAGCAGAGUUUUGGAAUCCUGAAAGGAAGGUUUCGAUGUCUCCACAAAACCGGCGGUGUGUUGAGUUACAGUCCCGAAAAGUCGUGUGCAAUUUUUAUGGCAUGUGCCAGGUUGCACAAUAUCUGUUUGGAUUGGGGUCUGACACUGGACGAUGCCCAAGUAGUGGACCCAGGCCAAGAUGCUAUGGAGGCCUGGAUGGGACAACCAGGCUUGCAGGUGCAAGAACUGCGACGACGAGUUGUGAACACUUUUGUGUGA